CGAACCCGCCGAACAGGCUCGGAGCGCACGACAAAACCUGGCCGGCUGCCGGUGGCGUGCAAAUGGUGAGAGGUCGCUUGUAGCAAAAGGGAGCACGCUGUUGGUUCGGUCGUGGCGUGGACGGUGCAAGUUUCUGGUUCGAACGAGAUCUGAACGUGGAUUUGUGAGUGCGUGAUUGGUGUGUCGUGCCCUGACAACCGCUGAGUGCUGGCUCUCGCUCAGUCCCGUAUCGUCUGAGAAGCCUCGCGUUUUCUCAGCUUUGAGGAAGCAUCACCACAGCCGCUCUGUCUCGCGUAAUGAACGAGCCUGAAUUUGACCUUCGUUGUGUUGCCUCCAGUGUUAUCAGUGGCAGCGCUGCAUGAAAAGCAAUCGUGGCUCCUCCUGCCUUUGCAGCAGAUGAAGCAAAGCCAACCGUAGGGAGCGCAAACCCUGUGCCUCACUCGCCAAAAUCUCGAAGCUCUCUCUUGAGAAAACAGAGCCGCACGACACCCGCAGGACAACCUUCGAAGCGAGUCAUCCGGAACUGUCCGACGAACAUCAGAGGCUGAUAAGAAGACGAUCUCCUGCGUUAGCAGGCUUGAUCGUAUAGGGAAAUCGACGUACGCGACCCCGGGCUUCCAAGUGCUGAUAGGUCGUGUCGCGUGCUUCACAGACGACCGUGCUCCGAGGGAAGGCGUGGGAGGCUGACCCCGGCGUCGCUGCAGCCUCCCGCGGUCGUCGCUGUCGUCGUACCCUUGGCCCGGGCCCACGGGUCCCAGCGGCAGCGUGGGUUGGUGGGAGUCUGAUGCGACGGCGGCGGCGGCAGCCAGGAUGAGCUGCACCGAGGUCAUGUACCAGCCUUACUCGCCCUACUUUCCCUACCACCAGCGGGCGGCCGCCGCCGCCGCCUCGUGCCCCGGCGCUGGAACCGCGUCCGGCAUCGCGGCCGCCCAGGCCGCCUGCCUCGACUACAAGCGGUUCGUGAGCCCCAAGAUGCACGACCUGUUGGCCGGCAGCGCCGCCAUGGCCGCGUCCUCUCCCGCGACGCCGCCUUCGUCGCUGCAGUCCCUGGGUCCGCCGCGUUCCACGUCGUCCGCGGGCUCUUCCUCUUCGUCGCACCACUCGCGGAACCACCACCACAACCACCACAGCGGGAGCACCGCCGCCAAUAACAGCGUGAACAGCGGCGGCAACUCCUCGGGCCAUCACGGUUCCAGUGGUCGUUCUUCGUCUUCCUCGUCGGCAUGUGCCGUGGCGGCGUCGUCGUCGCCUUCGACUCCCCUGGCGGCCAGGAGCCCCGACCGGGAGGAGUCCUCCGUUCAGGCGAGCAAGGCCACGUCGUCGUCUUCACUGCCCGGAGGACACACUACAGCGGCACAGGCGGUAGUGACGGGAGGAGGCGGCUCGUCCCCUUCUUCGGCGGUGGUGACAGGCGGAACAUCGGCGUCGCCCGGAGACGCGCAUUACGUGUCGGCCAACUGUGUGGUGUUCACGUACUAUAGCGGCGACAUCUCGUCCGUGGUGGACGAGCACUUCUCGCGAGCACUGAGCGAGUCCGGGGCGUACGACGGCACGGCGGGGUCUUCCUGCAAGUCCGGCGCAUCCCAACUCAAAGACGCGCCACCCAUGUCGCAGCGCAACUUCCCGGCCUCGUUCUGGGACUGCCACCAGUCGGGUGGCUCGCCCAGCCACGGCAUGUCCGCGGCGGGCGGCAGCGCCGGCGCCGCGGUGUCGAGCCCCGUGGACCUGUAUGCGGGCAGCGAGGCGCACCCUUACCACCACGCGCAUCACCACGCCGCGUCGGCAGCCAACGCCGCUGCCCUUCACGCCAGUUUGCAGAGUGACCCGUGGCACUACGCUCUCACGGCGCCCCAGGCUGGACCGUACAGCGCCACUGCUUUUCCUCGCAGGUCUUCAGCGAUGCACGAGCUGGCGUACUCCGCGGGUGGCGCGGCGCACCGCUUCGGCGCCCAGCAGUACGGCUCUCUGCUGCUGCAGCCGCGCUCUUCGCGACUCGCACCAGCCACGUGCACCGCGCUCGACAAGGGAGACGCGUGGGCUUCCCCCGCCGCCCGCUACCACCACGACCAGCUGACCGGGCACCACGUGGUCGACGCGUCCGGGUACCAGGCGGCCGCGCACCACCACUACGGGUCCAUGGGAGCCGCUGCCGCUGCGGCCGCCAUGACCGAUCCCAACAGCGGCGGCUACAUGCUGGAGUUGUACAAGUUCCAGGCGAUGCACGCGUACCGGUGAAAAAACGAAAACGAAAAAAAAAAAAAAAAACCGAACCAACCACCACCGGUGGGUCUACAGCGGGUGACGUCAAGACGACAAAACAAGAGGCUCGAUAGUCAAGUUCAAGAGACCGGCAAGGACCUCUACUGGUUCUGAUGCGGACCUGUUCGUCACAUACCUCCCUGAGCGACGCCCCUGCCUCGCAGUAACGCAGACACGGCAGACGUUCGAAAGGAGUGUGGUUGAGAACGAACUGCGCAUGUGCAAGCGAGUGAAGAGUGCGCCGACAGUUAUGCAUCACGUGACCGGGCGCUUCAUUCAGUGAACAUUCUGCGAUCCCUGCGGAGAAGGACGCCGCGAACAAACUUUGUGUGUCCGCAUUUUUUUCUUGUGUUUGUGUGCGUGUGUGUGUGUGUGUGUGUAUGUGUACCAUUUUAUGAGUGUGCAUGGCACCUUAUACUUUUCGGGCUGCGGUAUACCGGUCAACAUGGUUAACCUAACCUUUGCGAAACCUCUCGGCCAUUGUACAUUGAAGCGUUCUUAAGCCUGCAAGUAUACUUUACUCGACUGCCCUGAUUCGUGACUCAUCUUCCAAUUUCUUCGUGACUCUUAGCGCAUCAAUCGUACUCAUGCGACGCGACUACGAGACGCAGAUCUUCCUGUGAAUAACGGUUGAGUCGGAACAUCAUCUGACGGCGUAGGCGCGACAGAUCAAACGCCUUGAUUUAGGAGCCGAGAGUACAGUGUCAUUUUAAAGGAAAGUUCAUGCAAGUUUUCUUUUCUUCUUCAAUGAAAGUUGGCCACGUUGGUGACAUAUUAUGGCACCAUACGAUAAGUUCGACAUUGCAAAAUGUUGUCUAUUAAGCUUUUACGCAGACGGGUUUAAGCAUUGUAUUUGCUUGUAUGGCUUGACACAAGUCUGAUGAAUUCCUUCAAUUUUACGAACGAUGCGAGCGAGGCAGGUUUGUGAAUGCUCACGUUUAUGAGGCGCAAUGUACAGGUGGUUGUGUCCUUUCAUCGCCCAUGUGUGUGUGUGUGUGUGUGUGUGUGUGUGUGUGUGUACUGGAUGGUAUGUGGACAAAAUGAAGCCCCGUGUUUUAUUCCAUCUUCCCACGUUAAUUUAUUCCUGUAAUCGCUUGUAGCUGCACACGCCAUCGUGAAUAAACACUUUCGGCUGCCCUGCGAAGCCAAUUAGUCGGCGUGCGCAUUACGAGCUUGAACCCUGUGGACCGGUGUGUUAAGGUUAUUUAUAAGUUGUGUAGAUUAUAGACCUACUUAAGGCGUUAUCGGCGUCGUAUGCGCACAGAUAUACCUAUGAAUAAAUGAGGAAAGACUACCUACAUCAGCGCGCACUGAGCAUGCCUGUCUUUUGUGCAUAAUUUUAUUCUCCAGAUUUCAUGUCCGGGUCACUGUGUCUACGAAGCCUGUAUAUAAAAGAAGAAAUAUAAUGAGUUCUGUGAGCA